CAGCCCGAAACACCACAAAUUCGCGCCAAGCUCGCAUAUAAAUCAGCUUUCGAUCCUUCCCACCAAGUCGGAUUCAUUCCUUUAGCAAUCAACAUCUCUGAGAAACACUCAACAACAACAGCAAUAGCAGCACACUUGUGUGCCAAAAAACAGCAAACCAAACCUACUUUUCUUUUCGAGAUACCCACCACAACAACAAAAUGCACUUCAACUCCUUCGCUCUCUGCCUCGGUCUGGCUGGUCUGGCCCAGGCACACAUGGAGAUGAUCUCCCCUGCCCCUUUCAAGUCCAAGGAUAACCCUCACGCCGGCAGCGAUGUCGACUACAGCAUGACCGCUCCUCUUGAGGCCAGCGGUGGCAACUUUCCUUGCAAGGGCUACCACUCUCUCUUCGGUACUGCCCAAGGUGCCUCUGUCGCCGACUGGGAUGCUGGCAGCCAACAGACCAUGAAGAUCACCGGUGGUGCUAACCACGGUGGUGGUUCUUGCCAGGCUUCUCUGUCCUUCGACAAGGGCAAGUCUUGGCAAGUCAUCCACUCCUACAUCGGUAACUGCCCUGCUGCUGGUACUUCUUCUUUCGACUUCAAGGUUCCCUCUGAUGCUCCCUCCGGCGAGGCCAUCUUCGCCUGGAGCUGGUUCAACCAGAUUGGUAACCGUGAGAUGUACAUGAACUGUGCUGCUGUCACCAUCAAGGGUGGCUCCAAGCGUGCCUCUGCCAUGAGCAACCGCCCCGCCAUGUUCGUCGCCAACGUUGGCAACGGCUGCACCACUGAGGAGUCCUCUGACCUUGAGUUCCCUGACCCUGGUCCCGACGUGAGCAACGACUCUCAGAAGACUGCUGGUCCCAAGGGAACUUGCGCCAAGGCUGGCUCCGGCGGUGGUUCUGGCUCUGGCUCUGGCUCUGGUGCUGCUCCCAGUGCUGCUCCCAGCGCCCCUGCUGACAACGGAAACAACGGAGGCAACAACGGUGCUGCCCCCAGCGCCCCAGCUGGCGGCAACGAUGGCUCCUACAACCCUGGUAACGACGGCGGCUCUGGUGCUGCUCCCAGUACCCCUGCUGCUCCUCCUGCUCCUACAAAGCCUGCUAGCGACACCCCUGAUAUGUAUGUACCCUCAUCCUCUUCUGCAACUGACAGUGGUCCUAACUCGCAAACUUCUAGUCCCGGAGGUGUCUUCGUCACUGCCCCUCAGCCCGCUGAGAGUACCGCCGCGCCUUCUGCUCCCUCGGCUCCUGCCGAUGAUGGCGCUGGCUCCAGCACUCUUCUGACCAUGACCAAGCCUGCUCCCGCUGCUCCCACCAGCGUUGUUACCCCUGAGCCCGCUCCCUCUGCUCCUACUCCUCCGGCCGCUCCCUCUGCCCCUGAUACUGGUGCUGGUGCUGGUGCCGGUGGUUCUGGUACCGAGGAGAAGGCAGGCUCCGCUUGCACUGAGGAGGGUCAAUGGAACUGCAUCGGCGGUUCCAAGUACCAGCGCUGCGCUUCUGGUGCAUGGUCUGUCGUUCAAUCCAUGGCAGCUGGCACAACCUGCUCCGGUAGCAAGACUCAAGCCAUGGCCUUUGGAUUUGGCCGCAAGCUCGCUUUUCGAUUUCGUCGGGCCUAAGACCCCUUAGACCGGUCACUGGGAUACAUCUCAGGAUGUCAUGAGCACAUGAACGAAUAGAGCAUGACAGGCUACAUCAGCACAUAUUGUUUUUCUUUCUGGAAGGGCGGUUGGAUUUCGGAGUUUAGGAAAUUAUCUUGUACACAGAAUCAAGAAAUCGGACUAUGAAUUCUUCAAAACACUUGUUUCGACUUUGAUGGUGAAUGUGACUGUGAUGUGAGAGAUACUAUGCAGUAUUAUCUGCUCUAAGACUGUGAUGGUAAAAAGUAAUACCAUCUGUGAUGUAGAGAUGAUGAUUGUUGAAACAAAGACGGACAGCACAUUGCACUACUUGCGUAGCCAUUUUUGUUGGUAUCCAGUUGAUCUUGUGUUUGUUACCCCAUUUGGUGGUUGUACUUCGUCGUUUGUUACCCCAUAAAUAGUGGAUAAGGAUAGUCGACAAUCAUGCUGGACACUCUUACUUACACCACAGGGAGCAUAGUCUAGAUAGUUAGUACCAGAGGCACGUGCCGUUCGGUGACGAGUAUCUUGGUC